ACCAGUUUGCUUUCAGAAAGAGUACCCACUCCUGUAACUGAUGUGGACUCAACUUCAUCAGUUAGUCUAGAGUCAAAAAACAUUUUAUGGGAAGAGACUUUGUUAGAUGCCUUGCUAAAUUUUUCUGCCACACCAAAAGGAUUAUUUCUGCUUCAUAGUACAGGUGCCAUGAACGACUGUGUGAACUUUAUGUUUAGUAGUUUAUCAAAAAAACUCCAGACAAAUGAAUAUGAAGAGUUUGGUAAUAGAGUGCUUGUUGCACAAAUGGCAACAACACCAACUGGUGCAGUAGCUCUACAGAGUUCAGGCUAUAUAAAGGCACUUGUAACUGAUUUAUGGGCUCUUUUGGAGUGUGGAAAAGAUGAUUUGAGGAUAACCCAACGCAAAUCUACUCCAGUUGACCCUAUUGACCAAAGCUGUCAGAAGUCUUUUCUGUCUCUGAUAAACUUGCUCACCUACCCUGCAGUUUUUGAGCUCCUGAGUAAACAAGAUAUACCAAAUAAACAAAUGUAUUCACUCCGCGAAGUACCUACAAACAUUAUUGAUAUCAUUGACAGGCUUGUAAUUUUGAAUUCAGAAGCUAAGAUUCAUUCCUUAUUCAGUUAUGAACAAUCGCAUAUCUUUGGUCUGAGGUUGUUAAAUGUGCUAUGUUGUGAGCUCAAUACCCUUUUACUCUUGGAGACUCAGUAUAAAGUGUCACAAGUUUUACUAACUGCUCAGGAGGAAAAUGUCACAGAAACUUCAGAAGGACCAGGAGACUUUAUAAUUGAUGGUCUUUCAGUGGAAAGAAACCAUGUUCUUGUAAGGAUAAAUCUGAUUGGAGGACCACAGGAGAGGAUUUUGCCUUUGAGAGUACUAGAUAAGAGCAGUGAUCCCUAUCCUUGGCCGAUGUUUUCAUCAUUGCCUCUGCCCAAGUGCUAUCUUGCAGAAAUCCCUAGGAAACCUGAAUACAGACAAGAUAAAGAUCUUGACAAGCUCUUAUCACUCUUAAAAAGUCCAAAGAAGCAAACUGGGUGGAAAGAAACUUGUAGAAAACAGUUCUGCAAAGUCAUGAAAGCCAGACCAGAUACCAUCAGUGGAACCACUUUGGCAGAAUUAAUUGAAAAGUUUGUGUUGCAUCUUUCUGAAAGCCGAUCAGAUUGUUAUUUCAGCAUGGGAAACUAUAAAGCCAUGAAUGCAGAUGUGAAGAAUGAAAGCCUUUCGUCUGUGCAGCAGCUUGGUGUUGAAAUGACAGUCAGAUAUGGAAAAUACCUAAACUUGCUAAAAGAACAUGCUGAAAAUGAGCUGUGCUUCGUGCUAAUGAAUUGUGAGAAAUUUCUGGAACAACAGCAAAGAACUGUGGUAUCCUCACUUUGCUGCUUGCAGGAGUGCUAUCCUGGCUACGACUGGUUUGCAUCUUCUGUCUUCCUCAUCAUGUCAGGGGACAGGGAGAAGACCCUGACAUUUCUUCAGCAAUUUUCAUGUCUUCUUGUUUCAGCAUUUCUCUGGCUACCAAGGCUGCAUUUGUCUAUGCACCUGCCUGUUACCACAGUGGAAUCUGGCAUCCAUCCAGUCUAUUUUUGCAGUUCUCACCACAUUGAAAUGCUGCUGAAAGCCGAGCUGCCCCUUGUCUUUUCAGCUUUCCAUAUGUCUGGUUUUGCUCCAUCCCAGAUUUGUCUGCAAUGGAUAACACAGUGUUUCUGGAAUUACAUGGACUGGAAUGAGAUCUGUCACUACAUUGCUAUAUGUGUUUUCCUCGGUCCUGAUUAUCAAAUAUAUAUGUGUAUUUCUGUGUUCAGACACCUACAGCAAGACAUCCUGAAGCACACUGAAGCCCAGGAUCUCCAGGUUUUUCUUAAAGAAGAAGCACUCUGUGGAUUUCGGGUGAGUGAUUACUUAGAAUACAUGGAAAGCUUGGAGGCGAUCUACAGACCUAUGCUGCUGAACGACAUGAGGAACAUAAGAGUGCAGAAUACAUAG